AUGUAUUGUGAAGUUUUCGACAAAACUGGUGCUGGUCUGGCUGCGAAAAUCCCCGAGAAUCUCUCCGCGGAAGGCAUCGAUGUCUCGAAGAUGCGAGGACAAGGAUACGACGGAUGCAGCGCAAUGUCGGGUCGAUUCAAAGGCGUCCAAACUUCCCCCGAGCUCGAUUUACUGAGCGCUAUCGAAACCGUAGACGUCCUGGCAGCCGUCUUGCAACAGCGCAGAGAUGACGCGGAGACGAGAUUCGCUGAAUUGUUCGAGGAAAUCGAAAGAAUAUGCUCUGAUAUCGGCGUCGAAAUCGAACUCCCGAGACGGUGUGGAACACAGGGACACAGGGAGAACCAUCCAUCGCGAGCUACAGAAGAGUACUAUAGGGUCAGUCUGUACAUUGUAAACCUGGAUCAGCUGAUACAAGAAUUCAAUUCUAUUUUCGCAGACUGCAGAGCAGAAGCCUUAAAGAUUCAAUUUCUCGUGCCGAAAUAUGUGGAGAAAGGCCAGUUCUGCGACUUGAGUCAAGCGCUAGAUUUCUACAAAGAUGACCUGAGUUGCAGCAUGAGUGUUAUUAGUGCGGAGUACGAGCUUUGGAAAUAUUUAUGGUCGAAAGUUCCAGCCGAAGAAAGGCCCGGGAACGCUUUGAAAGCUUUGAAUCAAUGCUCAUCGAUUGACUAUCCAAAAAUCUCGAUUUUACUCCAAAACGCCACCCUCCCAGUGACGACGUCGACAGCUGAGCGCACUUCCAGCGUACUCAAAUUGCUGAAAACAGAUCUUCGGAGUACGAUGAAAGGAGAGAGAUUGAAUGGCUUGACGGCGUUGAAAAUUCAUCGCUUACUGUUGAAGAGAUUUUGGACUACAUGGCGGCUGAUCCGAGAAAGCUUGAAAUGGUUUUGUGAAGUAGUUUCGGGGAAGUAA